CCAUCUUUUUGAAAUGUAUCCCUACAGAUAGAGGCUCUUCCCAGCUAGCGACUGCCGCCUUUAAUCCUUCUAGGAAGUUCUUAUGUAACUCGUGGAGCUCUGAUAUCUUGUAAAAGAUUGUGUUAAACUCCUCUUCCGUUAUAACAGGCUGGGAUGUAGACAGCGUCGCUUUAAUUGCAUUCAUAUACUGAAAAAUUAUAUACAACAGUAAAUAUUUUAUACUAGCUGACCCGGCGAAAUUAGUAUAGCCUCAAAUAUUUUAUCUAGCCUUAAAAGGCUUUUCCUAAACUUCUAGAAUUAAGGCCCAAUUACUGAUUGCUGAACUUAUUAAUUAGAAUCAUCCUAUCCUUAUAAGAUUAUUCUAAUUAGGAUUUUAGAACAAUCAUUAUUUAAACAAUAAAAAGAGGCAGUUCUAACCAAAACAUAUUUGUUACAGUAAUUUAAUGAUGAAUAAAAAUAAUAUAGAUUCCGACAUAUUUCAAAACUAUAGAUAAGCCGAAUGCUUAGUUAGUUGAUUAUCAAUAAUGCAUCUACAAUCGCGCAAUUACUUUAAAGCGAUGAUAUGAGAAGUACUCUAAUGGAGACUCGAUUGUGUUAGGAAACAUUCCUAGAUAAUAUUCUCUCUUUAUCUUGUAUCUCUCUUACUCUACUUAUCUAUACGGUAGACCAACAGGUAGUUGAAAUGUAAUAGAAAUAAUAACAAAAAUAUUAUAAGAUUUAUUAUAAAUUAGUGACCAUGUGAAAGUGUUUAGCUAUGUGUAUAGAUAGGGGAGGUAUGAUAUGAAUCAUCCGUAGUAGAACAGGUAUCAAAAGAACCCAAUGCUGAAAAACAUAUCAUACAGUCGAUUACUAAUGAACUACUUUUUAUUAAAACUUAUCGGAUAAGGAUAAAGAUAAUAAAUAAUCAAGCGAUAUAGUACCUUCUCCAUAACAUAGAGGCAUUCAACAUAAACCGUUUCACUCUCAAUGAUGCUCGUUAUUAUACAACGGUGCAUAGUCAGCCGCUCAGCUUCCGCAUUGUUGCCGCUCGAUUCCUGAAAAUAAUUAUUGUAAUUUAUUAUCUAAAGCCUAAAAAUACCCAUAUAUAAUUGUAAGCGUAAUCAGUAAAGUUGUAUAACAAGUUUCGCAACACUACACAAUAGCCAUUAAAACUUUUGUUUGCACCAACAUACAGCCUAUAAGGCUAAACAUCAAACAAUUACCACAAGUGCCAGUUCCGAUUCAGUCAUUAUUUCGGGUUCCUGCAUGGCAUAUGAAUCAUGAAAAUUAUAUUAGUCUCUAGUUUUGUCUUUUUUCUAAAUGCAAUUUACUGCUAUGAUUCAGAAAGUUCCGAAUCUAAUCGAAUCGAAGUGAGUCCGUUUUACGAUACUAUUAUCUACAGCGAUAUCGCUGAUAUAAUAAAUGACUUUGAAAAUAAUGGUGUUUCGCCGUUCGAUCUAUUUGCGAAUAGCGACAGUCAGAGUGAUGAAGGUGUAGAAAGUUUGUUAUCUGAAUAUCAACGUCAUUUAGAGAAAGCACACAAACAGAGAAAGAAUUAUUUAGAAAAAUCAAAAACUAAAAACAAAGUACCUCUGCUGCCGCGACAUGAUCAAUUUUCUAAAACGAAAACUAAUGUCGAGAAACACGACGACUAUGUUUUUGCGAAUAGUUUCUAUAAUCCAGGUGCUUAUAAAUUUAAUCCACCAUUCAAUAACCCUUUAGAUGUCUUCAUUCCUAUUAACUCAAAGGGAAAAUAUAUGAAUAAACCAGAAACGACUACUCUUCCAAAAGGUAACCGUGAAGAAUAUCUACCUCUCGAAAAAAUUACGUACAACGAAAAGAAAAUAUUAGACUUUUCACCUAUUUUACAUAAAUCAUCUUUGGAUCCAAUGAAAUCAUCAUGCUUCUGUAAAAGUGGACACAUUCCUUGCGACUGUGGUUGCAAACAGUGCUUAGUACGUAUGGAUACUAUGUUCAAAGAUCCCUUGGAACAAUUGAAACUGCACUCAUCAGACGAUCAGAGAAAAUCUUUAUUGCAACACUUAUUACCAUACGAAAACCUUUUUACAAAAAAAUCGGAACAUUUAAUUGACGAAAACAUGAGAGAUGUGUUAACAGACAAUACGCUUAACAUUCGUAUUAAAAUUGAUCUACAAUUACCAAAACCACAAGAAAUCUUGUCGAAGUUCUCUAAAAUUCACAAUCAUGAUAGAAUAUUUGAUUUUGAUGAUACUGCAUCAAAAGAACUUGCCACUGGCGUAAGUUUACCAUUUCCAUAUUUCAAUUUUCCCGUCCCCAUGGAAGUUUUAGGUUACAAAAGAGCAACAAAAUACAAUAAAGAUGAGCCUAGUUCCCCAGUACACAAAAUAACAAUCCAUAAAAAGAAGAAGUCCAGGGCGAAUAAUAACAAUAAGAAACAUCGCAAGAAAGUUAUAACUUUCCACAACAUUAAGGUAGAGCAGCAACCGUCAUUCCCCAACCACUUGAAUGAUACCAACAACAGUGACUCGGUCAAAACUGAUUACAGCAGCAACGUAACCAACGACACCAAUCUACCAUCUUCAAAUGUAUUACAAUUUGAAAUUAAUUCUAUGAUCAAUAAAACAGACGACAUCUUAAACGAAACUCAGACAGAAGAAAGUAUUUAUUUGAUGGUUAAUAUUACAAAUAAUCCCUACAAUGGAACCGAGGAUGUCCAUAAAAUUGAAAAUAGUAUCGAAAACGAUUUCCCAAGAAAAAUCACGAACAUUACUUCAAAGCUGCCAUCUACACGUAAAAAACGUGACAUCUCAAAGGUAAAUGUAACUGCUAAUUACAACAAUCAUUUGACGACUAAAACUACACAACCAACGAAAGAUAAUAUAAAUAAAGAUAAAAGCAUCGGGAAGAAAGCAGAUAAAAAUAUUUUAAGUGAUGCAGAACUAUUAUAUUGGCCUAAUAUAACCCGAAGUAAGGAAACAAUCAAAACCAAAAAUAUUACAACUAUGAUAUUGGAAAAUGAACACAAGAAGUCAAAGAUAAAUAUAAGUAAAGACACAAUCCGUCAAAACCACACCAGAGUUCUAGAACAGGCAAUAUUUGGUAAUGUAGACUGGGACGACGUCGAAACGGUUGCACCAGCUUUCAUGUCCUUUGUGGGAAAGUAUAUUCGUGGAGUUUUAACAUUUUGUUCCCAAAAAGUUUGCCACUCCAUGAAGUGCGCUAAUAAAACGUGUCUACAUAGAGUUUGUAGGCCCUCGGAUAGAUUGAACAACCGAGGACAUUGCGCCGGGACUAACAGCACAGAUAGCCUAGCAUCGAUGGAAUCGAUCAUGGAUUUACCUUCAAAUAUCGCAUUUGAAAUUGUUGAUAUUUUGCAAAACAAAAUGUUGGGCAAAAUAUUUGGGAAGGCGACAUUUUGCAUUAACGCUAAAUGUAUCACGCUUGCUGCAUCUAAAAAGAAUUUUGUGAAAUCUCGGUGUUCCAUCAAGGAGUUAAACGCAGCUGGCCAUUGUUUGAAUGCGAAGACCGUGAAAAUUAUAACUUUAACAUCGACAAUAGAAGCUUUGAGAGCCAAGAACAAAGACAGGAACGUGGUAGAUAGAGACAUAGUGGGUGAUCUUCUCUAUGCCGCUAAUUAUACAAUGAAAAAUAGCACACAAAAUCGCCGAUUAAAAGUUCUAACUCGUUGCAAUAAAAAUAAAUCAGAGAGGUUCCUAUAUAAAGGUGGGCCAGGACUGUUCAAACAUUUAUUCCCGAAAAGGACAUCCGUACUUGCUGUCGCGAUGCUCGUUUCUAAGAUCUUUGUCGUGUUUUUUAUCUUGUGUUCAGUGCAGUGUUGCAUAUGCAAACCAACUAUACAAAAUGAAUUAACCGAGGGGCGCAGUAUCAUGACCUCAAUAUGGGGUUGGAUUACAUAUCCGUUUUAUUGGUGGAGCUCUGGGGAAGUAGAUCAGCCGGUAACUGAAAAGCUUCUAGGGUCUACGACGUUAGACCCCAAUGGAGUUUUAGACAUCAGAAGUCACAAUGUAACUAUUUGGUGUAACGACCAAACUUGUACAACGAUGAAGUGCGAUCAGUUGGAAUGUAAGAACAUUACUUGUAACAUUUACGAUACAGAUUUCCGAGGGGAAUGCAGAGAGUAUAAUAUCAUAACAGAGCCUGAACCUACGGUGACGAAGACACCAGAAGCUACGACGGAAAAGCUUGAAAUACGAGUACCCGCUAGCGUAAGCGAAGCUACUGUGGAAAAUGAAACUGAUAAAAUUUUAACGACAGUGGAGCAACCUCUAGAACUAGAGGCAGUUAUGUCGUCUACCGUUGAUGAGGUAGUCCCGGAAAAUAUUUCUAAAGAAAAGGAUCAACCAGCAGAUGAUUCAAGGUGAGCGACUUACUUAAUAACAUUAGAAUUAUCGACUGGCGUGUUCGAGUCGAGCAAGGGUUGGGCAAAAAAGGUUCGAUUCCCGGGUGGAUAGGUUUAUCAAUUUGGCAUUAGAUUUAAAUAUUAUCAAUAAAUCUUCAUAAGUAGCCAAAUUUAUCGACCGACAAGUUUAUGCCUGCCUGACGUAAGGAAUAACGUUCAUUAAAAAAAUAUUUUAUUUUCAGGC